CCUUGAGGAGGAGUCAGGGUGAGUGUCAGUCAGCUCCUUCCUCAGUGCUAUUACUGAGUACUAGCAGAGGAGGUACCCAGGCACAGAUAUUAUUCUAUCUUUCUCCACAGCUGCCAGCGGACCUGGAGUCUGGGUAGCAGUCCUGAUCCUGCUGAGGAGGGAGCCUGGGCAUCCCUUUUUCACUGAUAUCUACCUCCAAGAAAGCUGAGGAUACCGUGAGCUUUGUGUCUGCACAGGGACAGUUUGUAAGCUGCCUCCUCUGACCCAGCCUGUGGAUCCCCCCCUCCCCUCUGAUACAGUGUAUCCAGUUUGUGGAUCCCCCCUCACCCCUAAUACAGUGUAUCCAGUCUGUGGGUCCCCCUUGUCCCCUCUGAUACAGUGUAUCCAGUCUGUGGGUCCCCUCUGAUACAGUGUAUCCAGUUUGUGGAUCCCCCCGUCCCCCCUAAUACAGUGUAUCUAGUCUGUGGGUCCCCCUUGUCCCCUCUGAUACAGUGUAUCCAGUCUGUGGGUCCCCUCUGAUACAGUGUAUCCAGUUUGUGGAUCCCCCGUCCCCCCUAAUACAGUGUAUCCAGUCUGUUGGUCCCCCUUGUCCCCUCUGAUACAGUGUAUCCAGUCUGUGGGUCCCCUCUGAUACAGUGUAUCCAGUUUGUGGAUCCCCCCUCCCCCCUAAUACAGUGUAUCCAGUCUGUGGGUCCCCCUUGUCCCCUCUGAUACAGUGUAUCCAGUCUGUGGGUCCCCCUUGUCCCCUCUGAUACAUUAUAUCCAGCUAUUCCCCCAUCUCCUUGCUCGGACUGUCUGCAGGGAUGAUUGGACUAGCGGCUAAGGUAGCCAAGGACCGGGCUCUGGCUGAUGGCUAUGGCACCAAUGAUAUGGCUCUGAAAUACCUCAACCAGGACUAUGAAGCCCUAAGGGAUGAAUGCUUGCAGUCUGGGACUCUCUUUAAGGAUCCCUCCUUCCCUGCUAUCGGUUCUACUCUGGGAUUUAACGAACUGGGACCAAAUUCGAGCAAAGCACAAGGUGUGGUGUGGAAGAGGCCCACGGAUCUGUGUUCUAACCCUCAGUUUAUCAGUGGUGGAGCCACUCGGACGGACAUCUGCCAAGGAGCCCUGGGUGACUGCUGGCUGCUGGCUGCCAUCGCAUCUCUUACCUUAAAUGAGCAAGUUUUAUCCCGUGUGGUCCCCAAAGAUCAGAGCUUCCAGGACAAAUAUGCAGGAAUUUUUCAUUUCCAGUUCUGGCAGUUCGGUGAAUGGGUGGAUGUGGUCAUUGAUGACAGACUGCCGACCAAAAAUGGGGAACUGGUCUUUGUUCAUUCAGCAGAAGGGACUGAGUUCUGGAGUGCACUUAUGGAAAAAGCCUAUGCCAAGCUGAACGGAUCGUAUGAAGCUUUGUCAGGAGGUGCAACCACAGAGGGCUUUGAAGAUUUUACUGGGGGACUCGCAGAGUGGUAUGACCUGAAGAAAGCUCCAGCAAACCUCUUUAAGAUCAUCCAAAAAGCCUUGAAGACCGGAUCUCUGUUGGGCUGCUCUAUAGACAUCACAAAUGCAUCUGAGACAGAAGCUAUCACGUCCCAGAAGCUGGUGAAGGGCCACGCUUACUCUGUGACUGCAGCUGAAGAGGUAAGCUACAGAGGACAGCAGGAAAAGCUGAUUCGGAUUCGAAAUCCUUGGGGUGAAGUAGAAUGGACCGGAGCUUGGAGUGACAAUUCUAAUGAAUGGAACUCUGUGGAUCCGGACGUGCGUGACAAGCUAAUUAAGAGAUGUGACGAUGGAGAGUUUUGGAUGUCUUUCAAUGACUUCUUAAGGCACUAUUCACGGUUGGAAAUCUGUAACCUCACGCCUGACACUCUGUCUUCUGAUAAAUACAAGAAAUGGAGUUUGACAAAGAUGGAUGGCACCUGGCGGAGAGGCUCCACUGCGGGGGGAUGCCGAAAUUUCCCAGACACGUUCUGGAUCAACCCCCAGUAUGUCAUCAAGUUGGAAGAGGCAGAUGAUGAUCCAGAUGAUGAUGAAGAAGGUUGUACUUUCAUUGUUGGUCUGAUCCAGAAGAACCGCAGGAAGGCAAGAAAAAUGGGCGAGGACAUGCACACGAUCGGCUUCGCUAUUUACGACGUCCCUCAACAGAUGGUUGGGAAGACGGACCUCCACCUGAGCAGAGAUUUCUUCCUAAGAAAUAAGGCCAGAGAAAGAUCAGACACCUUCAUCAACCUUCGUGAAGUACUUAACCGAUUUAAACUCCCACCAGGAGAAUAUGUCCUAGUCCCAUCAACCUUUGAACCUCAUAAAAUGGGAGACUUUUGCCUCCGUGUGUUUGCAGAGAAGAAUGCUGAAACUAUUGUGGCAGAUGAUAAAAUUGAGGCAAACCUCCCAGAGGAUGACAUCACUGAAGACCAGAUCGAUCCCGGUUUCAAGAGAUUGUUCCAGCAGCUGGCGGGAGAGGAUAAAGAGAUCUCAGUGUUCGAACUUUGCAAAAUCCUCAACACAGUGAUGGCAAAUCGAGGCGAUAUAAAAACUGACGGAUUCAGCAUUGAGACCUGCAGGAAUAUUGUUGAUCUCCUGGAUUCUGAUGGGUCUGGAAAACUCGGCCUGAAGGAAUUUAACAUCCUCUGGACAAAAAUACUGAAUUAUCAGAGAAUUUACCGCAGCAUCGAUGUGGACAAAUCGGGAACAAUGAGCUCGCAUGAGAUGAGGAAAGCUCUGGAAUCUGCAGGGUUUACGCUGAAUUCUCAGCUUCACCAGAUGCUCGUUGCCAGAUACGCUGAUGAAGAGAUGUCCAUUGAUUUUGAUAACUUUGUGAGAUGCCUUAUCCGCCUGGAAGUCAUGUUCAAACUGUUCAAAAAACUGGACAAAGAUAAUGAUGGCGUGGUGCCUCUUACCGUGGAAUCGUGGCUGUCGUUUACUGUCAUGUGAUUUGCGGUGACUGUAAAAAUAAAACCUUUAUCCUGACUAUGCAUCCGAUAGCAAGAAAACGGCUUUGCAGACUGUGCAAAAUACUGCGGCUUUUAUUUAGGAAUAUGGGUGCCUUUGGGGAAAAUAUAGUCUAUUUUAUAUGACAUUAAUCACUUUCACUGUUCACAUAAUUUCAAGGAAUUAAUCUGCUGCCCAAAUGGGUUAAAAAGUUUAACAUACCUGUCCGUGCCACACGUUGGUGGCUGCAGAGCUGAAAGGGUUAAUAUACAACAUAAUUCAACCGCUUGUUGUUGCAAAAGGCAGCAGCACCUCUGUGCAAUGAAUUGCUGACAUUUCUACAGAAUUUUAAAAUAUGCAUAUUUUAUAUAAAUAUAUAUAGAGCGAGAGAGAGAGAUCUUUGGUCUGUCUAAACCGUGAAUGGCUUAUCAAUAUGAAUGUUUACAACAAGGCUGUGCAAUUAGACCAUUAAGCUAGACCGGGGGUGGCCUCUUAUUAUCAGUUACCAGCCGUUAGGCUGCCCAAGCAUUAUGGGACAUUUCUACAACACUUUUUGGCCACUCCUUUGGUUUAAAGGUGUACCUGUAAUGUUUAAUAUUAAGAUAAAAUGUUAUUGCUCAGCAUGCUGUAAUUCUGCUCUCCGUAUAAGAGGAAGGAAGCCUCAUAGUUUCAUAGAGUUGUGCCUCAAAUCCGAAUUGUGUCUUGGUUUAUGCAAACAUGUGGAAAUAAGUGUUUACCGUCCCUUGCAGUCCUUUCACUAUAGCUUAAUAUCACAUUGGGCUCAACUAGAAAAACUGCUAAAGGUUACAUUAGAACCAAGUGUACGUGUUAUGGUUCCCACUGGCCCAGGUCUCCACGGUGGAGCCAUGUACACUUGGAAAAUAUUUCAGGGGACUAAAAACAAUGAAACACAAAAGGUCGAUACUGUUUAUAUUACUGCCAUGUUUGUGACACUUUACCUCCAGCCUGGCAUCUGUGCCUGUAUUGCCUUACUAAGAUGCCCGCAAGGUUAAACUGUGUCUUCCAUUACAGUUGCCGUUUGGGAUUGAGAGUUCCGCAGGGAAUUUUUAUUGGAUCCGCAAACCGCUUGGAACACCGCUCUGCCUACCACAACUACUAGCAUUGACUGAGACAUAUUAUCAGCAGCAUGUCCGCUGUGAGACGUUACAUUUAUAUAUUAAAUGCAUGUGCAGACACAAGGCAGCGAACCAGGUCUUUUAUACUGAUCAGCUGAUUUAAAGAAACCUCAGUCAUUUAGAAGCAGUCCUUCUCCACCAUGUUAGUGAUUUGUAAUCACUAUAAAGGAG